AUGUACGUCCUGCUUGCUAUUGUUGGUUUAGUGGCCACGGUUUCGGCUAAAGACCUCACAAUUGGCCGUGAGGGAGGCAGGCUAAAGUAUGAACAAAAUUUUACUGCAAGUCCUACAAUUUGGCAGCAGGCGAAAACGGUUACCUUUAAUGUAUCGGAGUCUGAGGUCAUCACCCAAGUAGUUAUUGUAGAUCAAAGAGAAGACAAGAAUGGAGAAGCAGCUAUCAUAGAAGGUGGAGAAAACCAGAAGAAUGUUACCAUCGAGCUGAAGAGCCCGGCAGUUUUCAGAGGAUUUGACUUUGAAAUUCGUGUCUACGCUAAACAGGAAAAUGAUAUUCAAAGCCCCGUUGAUAGAGACCAACAAACUGUCCAAAAUCCACUUCUUCGAGAUACUCAAGUAAAUGACAACCAGGUUCCGGAAAAAGUAUCUGAUGACGUCAUUACAGGAUCUUCAGUAACUUCUACAACACAAAUGCCAAAUGGUCAAGAUAAAGUGCAACACCCUGUUGUGAUAGGACAGGAAGAUAACCAACAAGUGCGUCCAAAUCGUGAUAUACAAGGACAAGAACCUGAACAAAAGACCGUGAAACCCACGCCAAGUAAGGAUCUGCAGUCAGCUAUAAAUGAAAACCAAUCGGAAGUAGCUCAGGAGGGGCAAAGUAAGGGUGUCAAUCCUAUGACGAUAGACAAUGACUGGCAAGCAACAAACAAGCCCAGUGUAUUGUCAAAGAAACCAACAGGCGAACCAAUGAAGCCUGUUGCGGUACCAGCUCAACAUUUUGACGACUCUCAAAUGUUGGACAUAAAUGGCGAUAAUGUCAGUGUUGUUGGUGUCGAUGGUAACAAAAAAGUACAGUCGUCUACAGAAAAAAAUGUUGAGAGCCAACAAACCGAAAAAUCUAUUAAGGUCCAAGAAACCGACGACUCUCAACAGGCUAAGAAACAGGUCAAUGUGCCUUUGCCUUACAUAAAACAUUAA